AAUUACUACAAUUCUAUCUUUAGCUUACUGAUUUUUCCAUGGAAAGAGUUAAUCAACUACUUUCAAUAUUCUUCUCAUCAUCAAAUCUCAAUGAAUACAAAAUCGAAUUAAGUAUUUUCCUGAUUAGUAUCGUGUUAACCUAUGUCUUCACGCACAGAUGGAAUCAACGGAACUUAAAAGGCCCAAAAUCAUGGCCAAUCAUAGGGGUACUUAUAGAACUUCUAAUGAACUACCACAGAAUGCAUGAUUGGGUAACUGAAUACUUCGUUGAAUCAAAAACAUUCAAGGUGCCACUGCCAUUUACGACUUUAACUUUCAUUGCAGAUCCUGCAAAUGUUGAACAUGUUCUUAAAACUAACUUCUCCAACUAUCCAAAGGGUGAAGAUUUUCAUACAUGCAUGAAAGAGUUGCUUGGAGAUGGUAUUUUUAAUUCAGAUGGAGAUAUGUGGAGGCAACAAAGAAAGAUUUCUAGUUUUGAGUUUGCAUCUAAGAACCUGAGAAUUUUCAGCACUACAGUUUUCAGAGAUUACACAUUGAUUCUCGCUGGUAUUUUGCACCAAGCAUCAACCUGUGGCAAAGAAAUUGAUAUGCAGGAACUUUUGUUCAGAAUGACUCUAGAUUCAAUAUGUAAAGUUGGAUUUGGGGUGGAAAUUGGAUCUUUGGCUGAUGAAUUACCCAAUCAUCGUUUCGCUAAAGCUUGUGAUGAUGCAACUAGUACUGUUACUUAUAGAUUCAUUAAUCCUUUAUGGAGAUUAAAGAAAUUUUUUAAUGUUGGGUCAGAAGCAUUAUUUGUUCAAAGUAUCCAGGUCAUUGAUGAAUUCACAUACAGUUUGAUUAAUAAAAGAAAAGCAGAACUGCAAGGAGCUAAAGCAACUGAUAACACUACUAACAAUGCAAAGCAUGAUAUUCUGUCAAGAUUCAUUGAGUUAAGUGAGAAUCCUGACAAUAACUUAACUGACAAAAGCCUUAGAGAUGUCAUUAUAAACUUUGUUUUAGCGGGACGUGACACAACGGGGGCAACAUUAUCAUGGUUUAUAUACAUGAUCACAGUAAAUCCCAAUGUAGCAGAAAAGAUCUACAAAGAGUUUAUAACAUUUGAAAAAAAGCAAGCUAAAGAAAUUAUUGAGUAUGAUCCUGAGGAGGAGCCAAAACCUUUUGCUGAGAGGCUAGCACAAUUUGCAAGUUUAUUGAAUUAUGAUUCACUUGGAAAGUUGUCCUAUUUGCACGCAACAAUCACCGAGACACUUCGUUUGUACCCUGGACUGCCCCAGGAUCCAAAAGGAGUACUGAAAGAUGAUGUUUUACCUGAUGGAACAAAAGUCAGAGCAGGUGGGCUGGUGGUUUAUUCUUCAUAUGCCAUGGGGAGAAUGAUGUACAAUUGGGGACUUGAUGCAACAUCAUUCAACCCUGAUAGAUGGUUCAAUAAAGAAGGAUUAUUUCAAAGUGAAUCUCCAUUUAAAUUCGCGGCAUUUCAGGCUGGACCAAGAACAUGCCUAGGAAAGGAAUCCGCAUAUUUACAGAUGAAGAUGACACUUGCUAUCCUGUGUAGAUUCUUCAAUUUUAAUUUGAUUCCAGACCAUCCUGUUAAGUACAAAAUGAUGACAACUCUAAAUAUGGAGCAUGGGUUGAAGCUUACUGUAAGUGCUAGGCAAUCUUGAAAUGUAUUUUUAGGUAAGAAAGUCAUGUAGCCAGAAGUGAAUUUACAUUAUCUUUUAUCUUUAUUGUUGGAGUUUUGAUUAAACUCAAACUACUUGGUAGUCUUGUGUGAGUGAUAUUCACACGGU